AUGGGCUGUUCUCCAGGUGGAUUGCCUCCUCCAGCUCAAGCCCACUACAUCCCUGAGAACUGGUUGUUGCAGUUCGCUACUCCUGCGCUGGCCUGGGCUGAUCAUGACCCAGAUCUCGACUUGAACCUCGUCUUGGAGGCCUGUAUUGACUUGAUUGUGGUUCAGGGGAGGUCGACCAAGUCCACAAAGCCAAUCAGCCGAUCCUCGCAUCUAUCAGUGCAGGAGUAUUCGUCGAGCCACGAGUGGCCGGAUAAGCCGGAGUGCCAAUUGCUCGGAGCUGUCUGUCUGCACAUGGUUAUGUCCUCUGGAGGCCUCCUGGGCAGUGACGCCUCGAGGAGACACGCACAGUCGACAAGCUCGCAAGCUAUUGUGAGGGAUGCGACGAGGACACAGCGAGGCCGUGGAGGUCUCCUCAUAUCCAGCGAGAUAGGCAAACAAAAGGAGAAUAAGCAGUACGUGCCGCGCCGCAGCACCGUCCGCACGCCUGCAUGA